GUGCAGCCGGCGGGCUGAGCCAAGCUUGCAAUAGCCCUGCAUUUACUUUACAUUAUUUCACUCACUUUGACGUUAAACUGCCAUUGUAGCCUUUUGACUCUUGACUCUAUCAAACAUCCUUUCAUCGCGUGUACAACCCAUCUUAAACAUUUAAAUCUAGUCCACCAUCAGCUCAUCAUCUCCUGGGACUCUAUAUCACGAGCAUGACCUCCACGCUCUCCAUGCCAACUAUUGAUUCUCUCUGUCCUCAGAUUCAAUCCUUGUCUCGCCCUCAAACGUAUCCCCGUCAUCGUGAGGUCCUGGCUAUAACAAUGAACAAUGUACCCAACCCCACAUAUCUUCACGACUACCCAAUCCAUCCCUCUCGCUUCCCAAUCUCCUCAAUUCGCCCAGAUGGUCCACAGAAUACUCCAUCCAUACCACCCCGCACACCCCCAAAGCCUGUAUUCCCGCGGUAUGACCCUCUCCGUGUCCUCUCCCAAGAAUCCACCCCGCCCCCACCCACAAAGCAGUCAUUUUUACACCCCCUACAGGUGGCACCUGGUGUCCUGGCAAACGGCGUCAUCACUGUGAUGCUACCCGCCGUCCGCGAGUUUCUCAGUGCUGCUGCCGGUGCACCACCUGCCGCACCCGAGCUCCCAAGCGACAGUAGAGUAUUAGCGCUUGCUGCUCUCGCCGUGUUCUAUCGUCCGAUGCACCCUGCGCAUUGGGUCUUUUGGAAUAAGGAACAGAAGAAGAACACUGCAGCCAUUGUACAGAGUGUACUCGAUACAACACCCACUCCCAUCAUCUCACCCAUCGGCUGGAUAGCCAUCCAAGACAAUCUAUGGAUUCUUGGUUCCCUCCAACACGCCUAUUCCAGUGCCCUAUCUUCCCAACCCUGGUACGCCGCAUACGUUCCAUCUGAAAGCGAAACCCGCAUGAGUCUGCGCAAGCGCAAACCCACUAUGAUCCAAGAGCAAGUCAUCGAAGAUGAUGACGACGAUCUCCUCAUGCCUCCUCCACCCAGGAAGCGUGCAAGGACGCGCAGGACUGCUACGACCGCCAGGAGCCCGAGGAAACCGGAAGAAUUCUCCCCUCCUGACAACCCGGAGACAGAGGAUGUGCCCGAUGAGGUCGAAGCUAGCACCGAACUACCGGAACCGGAACCAGUGCUUAUGCUGACGCGCGCAGCCAAGCGCGAGCUCGUCGAAAUCCCUGUCCCAGCACAAGAUGCCGAGAAAUCUGUCUCACCAGAGCCGCGUAGAAGCCAGCGGAAGAAAGGUGAUUCACCGGCGUCUUCGGCGACUACUCUCACGCGUAUCCACUCGCGGGAGUUGUCGGCAGAGUCCGUGGAGGGCGCUGAAAGCGCUGGAAGUAGCACUGUUUGCGAGGAGGAGCCAGACAAAGAAAAAACAAAGAAGGGCCGUGCGAACAAGGAAGUUAAGCGCAUUGAUACAGCUGUCAAGCGUCUUGACAAUACCGGCGAGGACGAGGGAGACGAUGAAGAAGUUGAGGAGGAGAAAUCUGCUCCCGCCAAGAGAUCUCGCACCUCAGCUUCUCGUGCAAAGCCGAGGUCCAGGGCCCCACCAAAGAGAACCAACUCGGCCAAUACCAAUUCUGAGGAAGGCGGCGAGCACGCAGAUGCCACUCCCGCACCUCCUGUGCCUAAACCAAAGUCACGCUCGCGCCCAAGGACGCGCAGGCGUUAGUUUGGCACAGAUUCUUUUUGUUUCAAUACAUCAAUGGAUUUCUAACGCACUGGAGGGACCGAACCAUGAUAUCACGAAUUGCAUCGAGUACCGGAGCACAUCACACAUCACAUCACAUUAUAUCGCACAAGCAUCGCGCUUCGUCAUUGGUCAGGAUAAUCUGGCCCAUCGGAUCAGGAUUAACGAAAGGAAGGAAGCAUC